AUGGCUUUCACUUCAACGCUCAAGUGUCACACUUGGUUUCCCUUCCACUCUUACCACCACCACCAACAGCAGCAGCAGCGGGCUCUCCAUUUCUCUCACAAACCCACCUCCAGUUCCACUCUCUCUUAUGCCUCCACAAAUCAUGAGCCUCUCACCACCACCACCAACUCAGCAAUCCGUCUAUCUCCCAAUUUCACUCCAACCCAACUCCUCCACUCCCUCCGCCACGAAGAAGACUCCUCCGAGUUGCUUCGCCUGUACUCUUGGGCCUCAAAGCAGCCCAAUUUCGAGCCCAGUUCAUCCAUCUACAAGGAAGUUCUUCAUAAACUUGGUAAAGUAGGUGAAUUUGAGGCAAUGAAAAAUAUAUUGAAAGAAAAGAAGGUUUCUUUGUCUGACAUUGACAUUGACAAUGAUUUGUUACUUGUUUUUAUUAGAAGUUAUGCCAGUUUCGGAUUAUAUAAUGAUAUUCUUGAGUUUCUUGAUGUUAUGGAAGUUGAGUUUGGGGUAGUGGCAAAUACCCAUUUCUAUAAUUUCUUGUUGAAUGUUCUUGUUGAUGGAAAUAAGUUAAAGUUAGUCGAAACUGCGCAUUCUAGUAUGGUUAGUAGAGGAGUUAUGCCUGAUGUUUCGACUUUUAAUAUUUUGAUUAAAGCUUUAUGUAGAGCUCAUCAAAUUAGGCCAGCCAUUUUGUUGAUGGAGGAGAUGGGAGAUUUUGGCUUGUUGCCAGACGAGAAAACAUUUACUACUAUAAUGCAAGGGUUUAUUGAGGAAGGAAAUUUAGAUGGUGCUAUGAGAGUGAAAGAGCAAAUGGUGGAAGCUGGAUGUGUUGUGAGUAAUGUGACUGUUAAUGUUUUGGUUAAUGGGUUUUGUAAAGAGAGAAGGAUUGACGAGGCACUGAGAUUUAUAGAAGAGAUGUCGUUGAGGGAAGGAUUUUUUCCGGAUAAGUAUACUUUUAAUAUGUUGAUUAAUGGGUUGUGUAAGACGGGGCAUGUUAAGCAUGCUUUAGAGGUUAUGGAUAUGAUUCUCAGUGAAGGGUUUGAUCCGGAUAUAUACACGUAUAAUUCUUUGAUUUCGGGUUUGUGUAAGUUGGGUGAGAGUGAGAGGGUGGAGGAGGCUGCUCAAUUGAUGGACCAGAUGAUAAUGGAAGGGUUGAGGCCUGACAAAUUCACCUACAAUUCCCUGCUUACGUACUUUUGCAAGGCAGGGGAUAUAAAAAAGGCAGCAGAUAUUGUCCAAACUAUGGCUUCUGAUGGGUGUGAACCAGACAUUGUCACAUAUGGGACCCUGAUUGCAGGACUGUGCAAGGCAAGUAGAAUUGAGGUUGCAACUAAGCUCCUAAGAACCAUUCAAAUGAAAGGCAUAGUUCUGACUCCACAUGCCUAUAACCCUGUAAUUCAAGCACUAUUUAGACGAAAGAGAUCAAAAGAAGCCAUGAGACUUUUCAGAGAAAUGAUAGAGAAGGCUGAGGCUCCAGAUGCUGUCACGUAUAAGAUUGUUUUCCGGGGGCUGUGCCAGGGUGGGGGGCCAAUUGGAGAAGCUGUUGAUUUUGUUAUGGAAAUGCUAGAGAGAGGAUAUGUACCAGAAUUCUCAUCAUUCUACAUGCUGGCUGAAGGACUUUUUGCUUUAGCUAUGGAGGGAACCCUAAUUAAGCUCAUUGAUAUGGUCAUGGUGAAAGCAAAAUUCUCAGAAAAUGAAGUAACCAUGAUAAGGGGUUUCCUCAAAAUUUCCAAGUACCAAGAUGCGUUGGCCACCCUUGGGGGUAUCCUGGAUAGCAGAAAGCCUAAAAGAGCUUACAGAUGA